UGGGCACAAGCGUCACCACUGACUGCGGUGGCUAAAGAUCCGGCACCAGCUCCGGCACCAGCUCCGGCACCAGCUCCGGCACCAGCUCCGGCACCAGCUCCGGCACCAGCUCCUGCCUGCGCACCCGUAUGUUCCUAUAUGCAAAAAGCAUUGUUUAGCUAA